UUUUUGGAUGUUGAUGAUUCCUUCCAAUCAUUAUCAUGAUGGUUAUGAUAGAUCUUUAUAUUCUUCUUUUCUUAUCAAUAUCUCUCCUCCAAAAUACUCUUUACUGACUCUGAGCAGAAUUACAAACAGAUGCUGUAAUCUUUCACAUACUUGUCCUUUGAGGGCUAGAAAGAGGUCAACUCCCCUAUGGUAUUGUGUUACCGAGAAGACUGUCAACGUUGUCAAGAAUGCACCCACCAGAAAUAUUUUAGAUUUUAGAUAUUUUUGUGAUCAUCUGGAAGUGUACAGAGAAAAUAUCCGUAACAGAGGAUUACAAAUAGACGUGGACGGUAUAAAGUCUCUAUAUCAGAGACAGUGUGAACUCAUCUCCCAGAUCCAACAACUCAGAAAAGAAAGAAAUCAAGUCGCAGAAAGACUCAAAAAUAUAGCCAAUAUUUCUUCUACCAAAGAAAAGAACGAAUACAAGGAACAGGGAAAGGUACUGAAGACAGACAUCGCAAAUUUGGAAAAACAACUGGAGACAGUAGAAGAAACUUUAUUUAUCGAAGCUAUGAAGGUACCGAAUCUAACACAUCCUGACGUUCCUAUAGGAGCUGAAGAACAAGCCCGAGUUUUGAAAGUAGUUGAUGCAGCUCAAUCAGCGCCACCUGAACAUGUGGACAAUCAUUUACUUAUUGCAGAAAGGUUGGACUUGGCUGAUUUUGAAAGUGCUGCUAAAGUUAGUGGACAAAAGUUUUAUUAUUUAAAAAACGCUGCUGCCUUAUUGGAAGUUGCUUUAAUCAAUUGGUCUUUGAAUCAUGUCGUGUCCAAAGGUUUUACUCCCUUAUCCACACCCGAUUUGGUUAGAACAGAAGUAGUCUUAGCAUGUGGAUUUCAACCUCGUGGUGAAGCAUCACAGAUAUAUAGAGUAGCAGAUAGUGACCUUUGUUUGGUGGGAACUGCAGAAAUUCCACUUGGAGGUUAUUACAUGAACCAAAUUUUGGAUGAACAAAGCCUUCCUAUUCGUAUGGUUGCGUUUGGUCAUUGUUUUCGAAAAGAAGUUGGUUCUGCCGGUCAGGCUUCAAAAGGUUUAUAUCGAGUCCAUCAAUUUACAAAGGUGGAAAUGUUUGUACUAUGUAAACCUAAUCAAAGUGACGCUCUCCUUGAAGACCUAUUGAAUAUUCAAAUGGAAAUGUUUUCCUCUUUAGGGUUUUCUUAUCGUGUGUUGGAUAUGCCUUCACAAGACUUGGGAAAUCCUGCCUAUCGGAAAUUCGAUGUUGAAGCUUGGAUGCCUGGAAGAAGUGGUUUUGGUGAAAUAAGUAGUGCAUCGAACUGUACUGAUUAUCAGGCAAGGAGGUUAAAUAUUCGUUAUCGUGACAAACAGGGUAAUAUUCAUUACGUUCAUACCUUGAAUGCGACAGCGUGUGCUAUACCUCGAAUGAUUAUUACCAUUUUAGAAAAUUUUCAGCUUUCCAAUGGUGAAAUACUUAUUCCAGAGCCACUCCAAAGCUAUAUAGGAAACCGAAAGACUAUUGAAUGAAUUGAUGUGUGAAUUUCCAAGUUUUCAGUUGUCACACACUCUCGUGAAUAGAUAUACAAGCAUAAGAAUGUCCUUGUUAAUUUUUGGCGCCUUUUUUCAGAUAAGAAAAAAAAUGCCAUGAAAUGGUUUCACU